AUGGACGAUCAACAAGGCUUUGCUAUCGCCGUGGAUGAGGCGAAGAUUGGAUAUGCGGAAGGUGGGGUUCCUAUCGGCGCCGCUCUGGUCUCUAGGGAUGGGAAGCUGCUAGGAAGAGGUCACAAUAUGCGUGUGCAGAAUGGUUCUGCGAUCCACCACGGCGAGACUGCAGCGUUGGAAAAUUCCGGUCGUCUUCCUGCGUCCGCAUAUAAGGGUGCAACCAUGUUUACAACUCUUUCGCCUUGUGAUAUGUGCACGGGAGCAUGUAUUCUAUAUGGCAUUUCACGAGUGGUAAUUGGCGAAAACAAAUCCUUCCUUGGUGGUGAAGCAUAUCUCAAACAGCGAGGUGUUGAGGUGGUGGUUUUGGACAACAAAGAAUGUCAGGGUCUGAUGGAGAGUUUCAUAAAAGAGAAACCAGAGGUCUGGAACGAGGACAUCGGAGAAGAGGCGAGGGUCUACUCCAAAGAGGCAAAAUGA